AUGGCUCAAGCGACAGAUUUCUCUGAGGGAGCAGACUUCAUUUCUUUUGGAUUCUCUCCUCCUCUACCGGAAAACCAAGCUGCUGAAGCUGGACCAUCGAGAAUACAUCCUUCUUUACCUUCGAAACCCAGUACAAGCACCACUUCAGAUACGAAUACGAACACCGAUAGCAAUCGAAAGGGUAAGAGAAAAGCAUCAGAUGCCGAACCAUCGACAUCGGUAAAUUCAGAAUCCUCAAAGGAGAAGAAAUCAAAGAAACAAAAGAAAGGUAAACGCGAUAGAGAGAAGGAGAAGGAUAAAGAGAAAGAAAAGGAAAAGGAGAAAGAGAAGAAGAAGGCUAAUGGAGUCAAUGAUACUGGACCUAAAAACCUAAAGGAAGAGAGACAAGCAGCUGAGAGACAUGCUCCAUGGGCUGAUUUGGUAAAUUGGGAAGAAUGUAAAGAUCCUGCUGAAAUGUUGAACGAAGAGAUUAACGCUUUCUACAAAUAUGUUUCACCGACAAAAGAAGAAUUUGAAGUUAGAUUGUUCAUGAUUGAGCUUAUCACAAGAAAUAUCAUGCAAUUGUGGCCAGAUGCAGAGGUUACACCUUUUGGAAGUUGGCAAACUCAACUAUAUCUUCCUCAAGGAGAUAUCGAUUUAGUCGUAUCAAAUAAACAGUUCUCAGAAUCAAACAAAGCUCGACUUUUAUCCGAUAUGGCCAGAGCAAUGCGUAAAGCAAGAAUUACGGACGAAGUAGCUAUCAUAUCGAGGGCGAGAGUACCAAUCAUCAAGUUCGUUACCAAUGAAGGUAAACUCAAUGUCGAUAUUUCCCUAAACCAGGUGAAUGGUAUUUCAGCUGGAAAUAUAAUCAAUCAAUAUCUUGAUUCUCUACCUGGAGCGAGACAAUUGAUUUUAGUUGUAAAAUCAUUCCUAAGUCAAAGAUCAAUGAAUGAAGUUUAUACUGGAGGUUUAGGAUCUUACGCUGUCAUAUGUCUAGUCAUCAGCUUCCUGCAGGUACAUCCUAAAUUGCGGCGAUCGGAAUUAGAUCCAGAAGAAAAUUUGGGUACUUUGUUAAUCGAAUUUUUCGAAUUAUAUGGACGGAAUUUCAAUUAUCAAGAUGUUGGGUUAUCAAUUAGGAAAGGUGGAUAUUAUUACCUGAAAUCGUCGAGAGGCUGGCUGAGGCCCAACCAAAGUUUCUUACUGAGUAUCGAAGAUCCACAAGAUAGAGAUAAUGAUAUUUCCAGUGGUUCAUUUGGUAUAAGACAAGUGAAAAAUACCCUUGCCGGAGCGUACGAGUUGCUUCUGAUGAGAUUAUUUGAACGAGCCGAUAUCUUGAGCGGGAGAAGAUCUGGUAGAAACAAGCAGGAAUUAGAUACCGAUCGGUUGAGCAUUUUGACCGGUGUUAUGGGAAUCACGAAAGAAACGCUCAAACAGCGUGAAGCACUUCAGCAAUUACAUGCUGCAGGAAAACUUCAACGCUUAUUGUCUAUCCCUCAAGGCGCGAACCCGAAAAGCUAUGUCACGAAUUAUCGACCACCACCAACACUCUUCACUCCUCGAUCGAGAGAUAGGGCUUCUCGAUCAAGCCGAGCUAAUGUACCUGCACCUCAAGAUCGUCGAGAUGGGGGCGUAGGAGCCAUCAUUGUAGAUGAUGAUGAAGUCUCAGAUGAAGAUGACGAUUCGGACUACGAGUCAGACACAUCCGAUAUCGGCCCAGAUGAUACCUUCGCCAUCCUCAAUCGAAAUGGAACAUCAUCGUCAUCCUCAUCAACGUCUUCUUCUUCCGCUGAAGACGGAGAGGAAGAAGGUGAAAUCUUAGAAUUACCAGGUCUACGAAAUAAAAGCAGAAGUCUAAAAAGUAGAGCAGCAGCUGUAGAAGCUAGCUAUGGAGGAUUCUCGGAUAACAUCUCAGAAGAUGAGAUUGAAGUCCUGAACUCACCACCUAAUAAAGAAACUGAUGAAAAUGAGAAUGAUGAAUCCAGAUAUGCAAUAUCUCGCAAGCCAAAACCACGUCAACCUAAACCGAAAACAAAAACUAAGUCAUCGAAAAAAGAGGAAGACUUAAUGAAUGAUCUGUAUUCUGUUUCGGAUUCGGAUUCGGAUUCGGACUCUGAUGACAGCUCAAUACAAGCAAUUGAUCCUCCCUCGAAGAACAAGAAUGAACAUAAAGAUAGGAAUGCGAUCAAGAGUAAAAAAGAAGAAAGAAGGGCAUUUUGGGCUUCGAAAGGCCUAGGUGGAAGUGGUGGAGGUGGAAAAGAUGACGAUGAUUGGGAUGGUGGAGCGGAUUUUGUUGGUUUAGAUUAA